AAUUUUUAAAAUUUGUUUAUCUUACAAAUUCGGUUAUUUUAUUUAAAAAUAUCACAACAGUUAAUAUAAUACUCAUCAUAGAAUUAUGUGAUUUAAAUUAGAAUUAUUCUUAUUUAUUUUUCAGUUAAGACAUUAGUGACAAUUUAUUAUUAUCUGCCAAAAUUUUAGUGUCAUUGAUCACAAAUCAGAAAUAAUGCCAGUUUUAAAAGUUAAUAAGUAAAAGAUGGAGAAAAAUGACAAAGAAAAGAGUGAAGGAGAAGAUUCUUCAACAAAACAGGUGUUAGAAUAUUAUCAAAAAUACUCCCAAAGUAAACAACUGCCAAAAUACUUCUCUGGAACUUCCAUUUCAUAUUUACCUCAAAUUGUAGAUGAUGAACCCUCUGCAAGAAAACGAGAUAUAAUAUAUCCGACAAGAGAUGUUACUACCAUCCCUCCAAAGCAAUAUGAGAAACCCGAGCCAAAUCCUGAAAUGCUGUCUCCCACUGAAUCUGUAGCCUCAAAUAAAAAGUUAGAAUGGGAUAAUUUGGGUGAUAUCGGCUACAAUAAUGCUAAAAGACUUCACAAAACUGCUUCAUUACCAAUAUUAACACAACAUCCAAUCAUUAAAAUUGAUGACAUACCUAAAAGUCCAACGGAUAAUGUGAAAAUAGUUAUUUAUCCAUAUACAAGCAGUUCCGAAGACAAAACUAGCGAAAAAAAUACCGUACAGUCCUCAUCAUCAUCUCCUUUUAUGGAAAAGGAAAUACCAUCCUCAUCGGGUACAACUUCUUUUCAUUCUAGUGAAAAACAAAAAUUGCUAAGCUCAGAUUCAGAUUCUUCUCUAAACAAUAGCAAAAUUUUAGAGUUUAAAAAAAGUUUGAACUAUAUAAAGAAGAAAAUUGGACUUCCAGAUGCCCACUCUACACCUCAUGAAACUGGCUCUCCCAAUAUCGAGUGCCAAGUAAUAAAUGAAACCCCCUUAGUCAAAAAAACUGAUAAACCCAUUAAAAAUAUUUUGAGAGAUAUUCAGAUUGAGAAUGAAAACGUAAAAAGUAACAUGUUAAUGAAACCUACAAACAGUGGAAUAACUUUUCCAGCUAAUUCCAAUAAGAAAAAUGUAAAUUUGUGCCUUACGAAACCUAUCUUAGUAGAUUGCUUGCCAAAAACAAAUAAGAAGCAAUACGCAGUUGGCGUUCAAACUGGGAGUAGUGUGGUUGACUGUAAGUCUCCUCCAGAACCAAUUGAGUUAAUUACUUUCUAUAAAGAGCCUGACAAUAAUAAAACUAGUGAUUCUGGAAAAUCAAGUAGCUCCAAUGGUGUUGCAUCUAAAUGCGAUAGUUUUGAAUAUGUCAAAAGUAGUAAUAAUGGACAAAAUAUUUCUAUGAGAUCUGAAAGUAAUCCUAUCGAAAUUGCAGAAGGUCAUAUAACUGACAACAAUAAAGAAAAUUCUAAUAAUUCUGAAAACUCUGAAGCUGCAACAAAUAAUCAAGAAUUGGAAACUCACUGUACAAAAUCUGAUGACAUAGAAAAGCACAUAUAUGUUUUACAAAGAUUAAUAAGGUCAAAGAAAUAUGAUUCCUCAGCCAAAAGAAAAUAUAUCAGAAAAAUUUUACAAAAAAUAACCGAAUCUAAAUACCUAGAAGACUCAAGUACAAGUUCUGAUCUGUUUUAUCCUAAAACAGACCCUUCGAAAAUUCUUCAUGAUCAAAUUAAAAAUUCUUCAUUUAAAAAUGAAAAUACAUCAUCCUCUUACCAAUCUCAUGAAGACAAAAAAGUAUCUCCCAAAAAGAAAGCAUCUGAAAGCACAGACUCUGAUAUAUCUCAUGAAAGAGAACAAAAAAUAGAAAUUAAACCUUCAACUUCUAAAUCGGCUACAUUUGGUUACAGAAAAGAAAGUAAACUAGCACCAAAGAAGAAAUUAGAUAGUACCAAUCUUCUUAGUAAACCUUCUAUCCAAUCUGAAGUACCUGUGAGUAAAAGAACAAAAAGAACUCCAUUUACAGUUACUAGAGAACCUAACGACACUGAUAAAUCUUCAUCUCCACAGUCACAUCAAAACUGGAAAGAGUGUAAAACCGUAUCAGAGAAAAUGUUCGAAAACAGUAGACAAGUCAUUGGAGCUGGUGAUCAAGUAACACAAUUUGCUGAUAAAGAAAGACAGUACCAGCUUAACUGGAUAGAUAGAGAAAUUAAUCAUUUGGGGAAACUAAAGAGCAUUUUAGAAAAACACAAAGAACCUUAUCCUCUACCAGAAAAUUUAAAGAAAAUGACACAUGUUUACAUGGUCACAGCUGAUAAUAACGAUGCUGUUCAUAGAAACUAUGUUAUAGAAACUAAACUCGGAACUGGAACUUCUCGGCAAAGAAAUUUUAGAAUCAAUGGAGAAAACUAUAUUGUUGAAGAUCCAAAUGUUCAUAGUCAAGAUAAUAACCAAGCGCCUCCUUUAGUUGCAGAUAUCCAAGUCUUAGCUACAGAUAAAACCACAAAUAUUAAAGUUACUGCAUUCUGUAGUGUUUGCAAGAGAUCGCCAUGUGUUUGUGUUACAGACUUCUUACAAGGAAUAAGUAACCCAUUUAAAGUCAGUGAUAAUAAAGUACAAAAACAUUUAAACGACAAAGCCAAAUCUUAUUCGAGCACUUGUUCUUGUAAUACUACUGCUAGUUCCACAGCUACCAGCAGAGAUUCUUCACACACUAUAUGUAUUCAUUGCCAUAGAGCACCCUGUACAUGCUGUUCUUGCAAAAAAACUCAUGACGUAAAAACAUGCUCAGUUUGUCAGCUGUAUUCCUGUAUGUGUGUCAUAAGUCCAAAAGAUUCAUAUGUGGGAACAUUCAUACCAACUAAGAAAUCAUCAGAAGGAUCUCAGAAGAAAGUCUGCAGUUUGUGUAAAGCUUUAUCUUGUAUGUGUAGCGUCGAAACAAAAUCAAGAAAAUGUUCUACAUGUACUACUUACCCCUGCAUAUGCAAAAAAAUUUCUACCAAAACGAAAAAAUCAGAAUGCAAGUGUAAAAGCACACCAUGUACCUGUUCAGGUCUUUCCUUUAAAUCAGCAAAAACCGUUUGCUCCAAAUGUGGAAUUUCAUCUUGUAUUUGUCCGUUAUCUUCCAGAACCACUAGUUCUACUACGAGUACAGUAGAUACAGACUUAUUAAGAAAAUUAUUUUCUGAUUGCAAAUGUGGAGCUUCUAGUUCGUGUAGUUGUGAGUUUGUAAAUAAAUUACUACAACAUUUUAACAAAAAAGAUGUUGAAGUUUACACUAGAGCACUUAGCAAUGAAUGUACUGAUGUUGGCACACAAAAUCUUGUACCUGUUGAUGAUAAAAGAGUUCAGGAUGUAUUGCUCACACAAGAAAAAUAUGUUCAACCAAAGUUUACAAAAACGGACUGUAGUUCGCAAACAGAUACGCUUAAGUCACAUUCUAAAGUUGUUUCAACAGAAGGAGCCGAAUGUAUCAAUGAAUUAGUCCAAGCAGGUAUUCGUGAUGAAAGCACAGGAACUAUUCACAGUGCAGCGACAACUACUGAAACUGUUGCACCAUUAGGUAGGACAAGUUCUUUAGAUUCAAGAAAGUCAUCUAUUGGAUCAGAUGCAAAUAGACAUAUUAGCAUUCAAUCUGAUGUAUGUUCAAAAGAAAAAGCAACAUAUUCUCAUGAUCUUCCUGAACGUGUUGACAAAUCUGUAGGUAAGACCACUGAUGAAUGUGGUACACAAUCAAUUAAAAUUUCAAGAAAGUCAUUUACUGAGUCAGAUACAAAUAAACACAUUAGCAUUCAAUCUGACGUAUGUUCAAAAGAAAAAGCAACAUAUUCUAAGGAUCCUCCUGAAACUGUCAGUAAGUCUGUUGGUAAAUCCACUGAGGAAUGUAGUACACAACAUGAACGAAAAAAAGGAUACUUCGCUAAGUUGACUGAAAGAGGAGUAAGUGGUUCAAACAAUAAUAUUGAAUCAGUUGAUAAAGAUAUUGAAGCAAGAGUCUCCCAAGUUUUAAAAGGAACUGAUACAUGUACUCCGCGAGAAACUGCUGAUAAAGGUGUAUGCCAUAAGCCAUCACUUGUCGAUCAAGAAACUGAUUAUAGUCCUAGAAUAGUAUCCGUUGAGCAAGGAACAUGUCCAAGAUCUGCUGAAAGCUCUGCAAGAGUAUCCAUCGACACAGGAACUUGUCACAGCCCUGUGGUUGAUAAAGAGUUUCAGACUACUGCUAAAACGCUUGUAGAUCAAGGCACUGGAGACCAAAAAGCAAGUGACCAAUGCCACAAAUCACUAAAUGCUCAACAUACCCCACCGAUGUUCUAUGAAACUGACGUGGGUGUGUCUACUGUAUCUGAAAAGCAUAGAAGAGGAGCAACCUCAACUGGUGGUUCUAAAAAAUCACGCUCACGGUCGUCAGAAAGUAAAGAAAUUGGAAAUAGCGGUUUUAAUACAAGUUCAGGUAAGAAAUCUAAGGUCCCCCAUUCUGAAAAAACUACAGUUACUUCUUCAGAAGCCGAAGUUGGUCCAAGCCUUAAGCACCAAAAAAUCAGCGAUGAUAUUAGUACAAGUACAAAUAAAUUAAAAGUCUCUAGUUAUGAACAAACUACAAUUGCAUCGUCAGAAGCCAAAGUAGGUCCAAGUACUACCCACAGAAGAUUAAGUGAUAAAAUUGGUACAGAUACAGUUAACUUAAAAGCCUCUAGUGGUGAACAAACCGUAUUGACAUCGCCAGAUGCCAAAGUUGGUCCAAAUGUUACCCUCAGAAAAACUAGUGAUGAUAUAAGUGCAAGUACAGAAAAAUUAAAAGCCUCUAGUUGUGAACAAACUACAUUUACUUCGUCAGAUGCCAGAGUUGGUCCAGUUCUUACACAAGGUGGUGAUAUUUGUACAAGUACUGAUAAAUUCACAUCUUCAGACGCUAAAGUUGGUCCAAUUCGUGGACAAAGUGGUGAUAUUUGUACAAGUACUGAUAAUUUAAAAGUCUCUAGUUGUGAACAAACUAUAUUUGCAUCGUCAGAUGCUCAAGUUGGUCCAAGUCUUAGACGCAGUGAUGAUAUUUGUACAAGUACUGAUAAAUUACAAGUCUCUAGUUGUGAACAAACUAUAUUUGCAUCGUCAGAUGCUCAAGUUGGUCCAACUGUUAGACGUAGUGAUGAUAUUUGUACAAGUACUGAUAAAUUUUCAUCUUCAGACGCUAAAGUUGGUCCAAUUCGUGGACAAAGUGGUGAUAUGUGUACAAGUACUGAUAAUUUAAAAGUCUCUAGUUGUGAACAAGCUAUAUUUGCAUCGUCAGAUGCUCAAGUUGGUCCAAGUCUUAGACGCAGUGAUGAUAUUUGUACAAGUACUGAUAAAUUACAAGUCUCUAGUUGUGAACAAACUAUAUCUAUAUCAUCAGAAGCCAAAGUUGGUCCAAGUCUUAGACACAGUGAUGAUAUUUGUACAAGUACCGACAAAUUAAAAGUUUCUAGUCGUGAACAAACUACAAGAGUUAAGAGUAAAAAACGCAGAGAAAUUGAUAUUGACAGUUUAAAGAAAAACCUUAACUCCAGAGGUAUUCAGACGGAGUUACUCUCAAAUGAUAUUCGAUCAAUAGAUAGUUUCGCAUGCAUUUGUCCUUCUCAAAGUAGUAUUGAAAAGUCUCCGUGUUAUUGUUGCGGAGACAAAAGGAAGAAAAAAUCCAAACAUAUGUUGAUAUGUGCUCCUUCAGAGGACUCUCAUAAAAGUCGAAAAGUUAAAACUUAUUAUAUAAAAGAAGCAAGUUUAAAGAAGAGUGGCCGUCGAAGAUGCUACUCUUCGUGUGCAGAACGCGUUUGUUGUAGAACUAGAUCUAAAUCAGUUUUAAAAGAAUCCUGUUGCUCAUGUCAUUGUGAGAGCAAAAAGCCUAGGUGUUGUUGUCAAAAUGAAAAGCUUAACAAUUGUACCGAAGCAUGUAGUGCUGCUACCCCUCAAAAAACCCCCAUUUCGACUGACGACUCACCCACCGAUUCAGUAUACACAAACUCAUCCGCACAUAGCACGUGUUGCUGCUGUGGGAACAAGGUGCCAUUGGAACAGAUAUCCUUAUUGCGGAGCAAUAACAAACAGUUUUCCGUUUGCGAGGUGUGCCUCAAGAAACGGCCCAUAUUAACGACUAUAUGUUUCGCUAAUCCAGAAGAUACCACCACCGAAUCUUCAACCCCUUCCAAAACUGUAACAGACCACUUUAGACGCGCUGAAAACUAUUGUACCUGUAAAAAAUCUGUGAAAACUAAGAAUUUUGAAUACUGCCAACAUUGUAGACAACAAUUGAAAAAAACUCAAAAAAAUCGGAACGGAAUAGCGUACACUUUGACGUUAGAAGAUGAAACACCUGAAAAGUUUAAAUCUAGGUCAAAGAAGAAAAUAAAAAAGCUUGAAGAAAUCAAAAUUAAAGUGCCGAAUCCUUUCAAUCGAAAGCAACACAAAAAUAGGGAAAAUAAUUAUAGGAAAGAUGAAGAUAAAAUGAAGAGGUUAGAAAGUGCAGAAGAUAGUGAAAAUAUUGAUAUUAUGAACAAUGGGAAUUAUUCAAGUGAUGAAGUAUGUAAAACUAUGAAUAACGGAAAAGAGAAUAAGCAAUGUUAUUCCUUACAAGAAUAUUUGCAAAAAAAUCGUCCUCAUUUUGUGGAUGCAGCUGAGUACCGAAGGCUGGCACUUAUAAACAACAAGAUAGAAAGAGAGUUAAAUAAGGAUGACCAAAAAUUAAAAUUUUUGGAAGAAAAUGCUAACAAUAAUAGACUGAAACGUCAGAAGCUAUUCACCGAACAGGAGAUGAGAGAAAUAACCAAAAGAAAUUACAAAAAAUUACCAGAAGUACAACAAAAGCUAACUAACCAAAGAAAAGAGAAAUUAAGGAGUGCUGAUAGAUUUAUGGCAGAUACGUUAAAUAGGAAAAUCCAAAAUUUUGUUUUGAAAGGCAAAAGGAGUUUUCCUAUAGAUACAAAUGUUGUAAACGUUUUGUGAAGUUUGUUAUGUAUUAUGAAGUAAUUUAUUAUCAAAAUUGUACACUCAAAGAAUUGUAAAGUUAUUAUGUAUUAAACAAUUUCAUAUUUUUCUAGUAAA